AUGUACAAUCAUGGAUAUCGAGCGUCGUUAUACUUUGGAAGGUCUUAUACUUGUUUAAGAUUACUUCAUAAUAAGUCUACCGCUAAAAUGACUUUUGAAGGUAACACCAAAGAAAUUAAGACUUCGGCAGAAGAAAGAAUGAAAGGUGUAUUCGGUAAUAGGCUUAAGGGUGAACCACCAAAAUCUUCCAGUCGCAUGCUUGUUCAAGAAAGUCGUGUAAUAGGAGGCGUUACAGUACCGGCCAAACCUAUACCACCUGAUAACUGCUGUAUGUCAGGCUGCGUACAAUGUGUCUGGUUACUAUAUAAUGAUGAUGUGCAUGAGUGGAGGAGUAAGCGGAAGAUGGCAGCAGAAGCCUUAAAAGGCACUAAUAUAAUAUGGCCGGUGGAUUUCAACCCACCGUUAAGAUUAUUAGACAUUGCUAACGUACCUAUAUCUCUUCGAAAGAAGAAGCUAGAUCUUGAAGAGCGUGCAAAAAAGAAGACGGUAUUCACUUUUCCCAAGAGAGAGCAGCCGCCUCCACAGGAUGAUACCAAGAAAGAGGUUUUUCAGGAGACUCAGGAGGCCCAGGAGGCCCAAGAGGCGAAUGAGGAGGACGGCGAGUGGGACAAUGUUCCUACAUUUAUCAAGACCUUCACUGAGUUUGAAAAGAAGAAGACUCAAAAACAGGCAUAG